AUGGCACCUAAGAAAGCAGCUGCUGGUGGUAAGAAGAAAGGUUCCGCCUACAAUGACUUCAUGAAGGAAGAAUUGGCCAAGCUCAAAUCUGACUCUCGCCCUCAUAAGGAAAAGUUCAAGCACGUCGCUUCCUUGUGGGCAAAGAGCCCAAAGAACCCCAAGAACCAAAAGUAAACGGUCAAAUGAACGAAG